CGCAAUCAACACCUAAAGACAACCGAUUACCAAACCAACUCGUCGUCCAUCGUUCCUCUAUCGCGCUGCCAAUUUGCCUCCUCCCUCACGGUUGUUGCAAACUCUCCUCCGUCGAUAUCAUCUGUUUGUGAAAUCCUUGCGGUAAUCGCCACUGAAGCCCCGUCCAAGGAGAAAACUGGGGCAGCGGCGAACGACGACCGUGGCGAUGAUGACGUCUCGAAGAAGCGGAAGCGGGAAGAGGACGUCGUAGCCGGCGGAGAAAUCGUGAACGCUUCGGCGGUGGUCUCGUUGGGUUCGAUGGAAUUCCGGACUUCCCGUGAGAUGUUCGGAUAUUUCGACACCUUGAUUAGCACUUGGCGGCAAAAUGAUAUGGUCGUCCAGAAGGCCUGUUUCCCAAUGUUGCUGGACUUGGUGAAGAAAGGACAUCCUGAGCCUGAGAAGUUGAUUGGUUCUGGGGUGCGGCGAUUUCACGUCCAUGACCACAGAUACUGCACCCGCAACCGCACCUUCUUCCUCACCACGAAAGGUAAUGCGUUUGAUUUCUGCUUCAGGAGCUGUGUUCACAACAUCCUUCCCUUGCCCGAGGAUUUGAAAGAGCAAUGCGGCGGUGCUGUUUGUGGUUGUCAACUACCUAGGCCGGAGGUUGAGGAGGUAAUCCUGCAACCGUGGAAACUCAGCACUCCCGUUGUUGUGUUUUCAUAUUUCUUCUCCCUGCUUUACUAUUUGCCACUUAAUAAGCCGAUCACGGAGAAAUCCCGGGUGGCCUUGCUGGAGUUGCUGAGGAAGGGGGAUCCUGCAGGGUGGGAGAGUAAGUUUGGCUCUGGUUCUGAGGUUGAUCAAUAUUCAUUCGAACCCCGAAUCCACCCACUGUACGUGGGCAGUAGUAGGCUGCGAAGCUACUUCCUUGUUCAUCAGGGGGACAGGUCUGCCAAAGAAUUCUGUUUCAUCGAGCUUGUUGAGAACAUCUGUUCUUUGCCGCAGCAAACCAAAGACAAUUAUGUUCAUCCUUGUUACUGUCAUCAAAGCGAAGGUGGUGAUUUUGUCACCUUGGGUGUGAGGAAAUUCCAUACUUCCCAUGAUAUGGCUCUAUAUUUCCGCGACCAGCUUUACAAUCAUCCGCUUGAUGCUCCUAUUACAAGAGAGGAGCUAAACAUCGCGGCGUUGGAUCUGGCGAGGAAAGGCGAUCCAGAGUUGGCGAAGAAGAUCGGUUUAUCCUCUGGUGUGUCCGAAUCAUACUCUGUCCACGUUAGAAAGAACCCGGUGUGGGGGUGGAAAGCCUACUUCGUUGUUAGGGAAGAUGGUGCUAUGGAGCCUUUUUGUUUCUGGACAUGCAUCAACAAUAUUCUCCCCUUGAUCGGAAAAGAUACAUAUAAUUGUUGUCGCGGUACUGGUGAAUGCCUUGAUCCUGCUGCCGGGCCCGAUCAGGAACAAGAAGACGACUUCUGGCCGGUCGUCGAUUAGGAGAUGCUCUGUAACUGCUCCUAGAUAGCUAUACCUUUUUCGCCUCAAAUGUUUGAAUUCUGGCUGUGUGUUGGUAAACUGUUUGAUUGAAUUUUGCAGGUAGGUACUCGGAUGAACAAACACAAGAUCGAGAAGGGAUCUGCUACUUUUUUGUUGCUCUUCCAAGGAUAUUCGAAUGUUGAUAUUUAAUAUGGGGUGAAUUAAAAAUUUGAUUAAUCGCUAAACAAGAAAUAUAUACUGAUAACCGAACCAAUAAGGCUUAUUGGUUAACAGCCUGUUAUCAGUUCAGUUAGCGGUUAAUUAGACGAUCAACCAAUAGCAACCUCCACCUGUAAUAUUUUUUUUUUUUUUGUUAUUUUGAAAUUUAGUAUGAUAUCCUUUUUAUCCAAGGCAUUCCCAUGUUCUCAAACUACCAAACAAGAAAAACUCAAAUGGAUGCUUCUUAUAGUCAAAGUUGGAACAAAGCAAGCUUCUGAAGAAACCUACACAAAGUCCUUAUGGAUCAAACGAUUCAACAAUGCCGGAGUGUAAUAUGCAUUCAGAUCAAUACUCGAAAAACUGAGUCAAUCAACUCACAACCCACUUUAUCAUGUUGUUCGGGAAGCUCUUUCCUUGCAUGCUUCAAAGAGAAUCCUCUUCACUGUCGCUGGCAUCAUCUUCGCUGUCGAUCUCGUCAUUAAUGUUGUCAGAGUCAUCAUCAUCUAUGUCGCCGUCUGUUUCGAACUCGUCGUCACUAUCGCUGUAGAUAUCUUCUUCCUCUUCCUCUUCCUCGUAAGGAAAGAAAAGCUCAGGCUCGCAAGUGCUCGAUCCUCUUGGAAGUUUCAGUAGUGACAUGAGAUCUUUGCGGCCCAUUAUUUCAAGAAAACGGCAGUUUACGUGCAUGUUUACUUUCUUCAGGACAGCUCCAGCCUGCAGCAGAUAUGCUAUCAUUUUCUUCUCUUCUGGAUAUGCUACAAGUUCCUUGAUCUCGAUUUCCUCCAGGCUUGAUAAUAAACACUGCGGCGUGCAGGCAGCAUCUAAACUCUCCCACGCCAUUGGUACGCCCAAGUGAUUCUCCUGAUCAAUGACAAGACAUUGUAGUUUGGAGGCUGAGUUCAGCAAAGAGUGCAAAAACCAGCUAUUCCUGGGCCCGAAUUCUCCGAUUCCAAUUGUCAAAUGUGUCAAAUUGGGAAAGACAGGCAGUAGAACGUUAUCGACAACUGACAGAUGACUCUGAGUUUCCCCGGAUAGACGCAUUUUCUUUGCAUUGGAAAUUUGACCAAGCAGCCGAAUCACAUCAUGGUAUGAGGUUCGACAUUCUUCGCCUACAUCAACGUGUGCUGAAUGAAGGCAUGCCAAUGGUGUUUUGCCCUUAAACUGUAACUCUGCAAACAUCUCAAGAUAGAGAUCCUCGAGAAUUGGCGCUUCAAUAACAAUAGGACACAUCGGAUCAUCCCAACAAUCACUAAUCUUGAAGUUCUUCAAGAAUGGUAAGGAAACUUCGAUUCUGUCCUUUUCAUUCUUGCUAGAGGGGUGGCAAUUCUCCAGAUGAACAGUCUCAAGAACAGGGCAACCAGAAACGAGCCUGCCUAAUGACUCAAAGUCCUUCAUCUUAACAUGGGAAAGCUGUAAAAUCUUCACUCUAGGAAGAAAAACAGACUGGUUCGUUGCACCCAUCAUAACCCCAGAAAGCUUGGCAACUUUCAGAUUCCUCAAAGUGUAGAAGUUUUCUGGAAUGCAGCGCAUACAUUGGGGUAUUCCGAAUUUGGUUUCCCCGCUAAUCCUAACAUCAAUCUCCUCAAUUGAAGGACCAAACACCAAUUCUCUCUUAAAACUAGUAUCAGGAAGCAGCGUGGUAGGGUAAUGAUAAUUCAAAGAAAAAUGGAAGCGGAAACGACUCAGCGAAUUGAGAUUCUUGUGCUGGCCCAGUACCUUGUCGACGAAGCGGCAAAAUUGCGACUCUCUCCUCUCCUGAAUCUUAUAAGCAUAUUCCAGUUUCUGAGCUUCGGCCAUAGACGUG